GCGAUUUAUACUGGUUUACGUAGACAGGAACCCAGUCCAAAUAUUUUUCAUAAGGGAGGUAACCAUUUCUAGGAAGUGGAGGUGUGUACUCUGUGGUACACCUGCAGCCACCCAUGGAGUCUGCUGCUGCUGCCGCUCCAGCUGCUGCUGCAUGCACUGUGGAAGAGCUUGAUGACAUCAUCACCCAGCCUGCUGGCGGACUGACCAUGCUGCCCAACACAGCAUAUGACGAGGUGUAUGACAAUCUCCUUGUUGGGGAAGAGUCGAUCGCCCGUGAUCUGGUGCAGCUCCGAAGGCUCGGAGUCACUCACAUCCUGAAUGCUGCCCAUGGCGUUGAUAUCUACCAUGUAAACACCAAUGAGGACAUGUAUAUGAAGAUCAAGGUUACUUUCAAGGGCAUUGAAGCCAUCGAUCAUAUGAGUUUUAACCUUUACCCUUUCUUCCAAGAGUCAGCUGACUUCAUAGAGAAGGCAUUGGACAACGGGGGUAAAAUCUUGGUCCACUGUAUACAAGGAGUAAGUCGAUCUGCCACACUGGCUGUGGCAUUCCUGAUGCUCAAACGUCACAUGACAGUCAAAGAUGCUCUCCGAUUGGUCAGGAGCCAUCGAGAGGUGUGCCCAAAUACAGGUUUCCUACAACAGCUAAUUAAACUGGACUCACAGCUAGGGCAGCAAAGAUGUAACAAAAUACAAACAGAGUGAUGCAGUGCCAAGUUCUGGAGCCAUCCAGCUGAUCUUGGAUAGGUUUGUUCUUGGCUACAGCUCAGAUUCAAAUGUAAAUAAACAUAACAUUCAGGACAUCA